AUGGGAAGGCUAUUCUUGAUCAAUCUUGAAGGAAACUUCUAUAGCUGCAAGCAUUGCCAGACACAUUUUGCACUUGCUGAUGAUAUCAUUUCCAAGUCUUUCCAAUGCAGGCAUGGGAAAGCUUAUCUUUUUGAUAAAGUUGUGAAUGUCACCUUUGGCGAGAAAGAAGAACGGAUGAUGAUCACUGGAUUACACACAGUGGUUGACAUAUUCUGCGUUUCAUGCGGGUCCAUUGUUGGAUGGAAAUAUGAGGCUGCUCAUGAGAAGGCUCAGAAGUAUAAAGAAGGAAAGUUUAUCCUUGAAAGGUUUAAGGUUUUGGGACCUGAUGGCAGCCUCUACUUGGCAGCUCAGGAAGCUCAUGUAGCUGGAAGUGAUGCUGAUGAGUAA